AUGGCUACUGCUGUGAGUGCUGAUACUAAUUUGACUGAAGUUCUCAUGCUUUGGUCUAAACCUGUUACACAAAAUAUUAGGUCUUUGCCUGCUAUAUUAUUCGUCAAUAUAGUUACAUUAAUUAAUCAUUUGUGCAAGAAUAUUACAAAAAUUAACAAAUUUGUGUUGGUGAUUUCUGGUGAUGUUCUUAAAAUAUUACUUGAUGAUAAAAUUCAUGAUUUCCCACAAGUUGAAGUCAUUUAUGUGUAUUAUGAUAAUGAGAGUAAUCUUGAACAAGAUAAAAAUGAUUAUCAAACAAAAUAUCCAAAAAUUCAGUUUAUUUACGAAAAAGAUGUAGAAAGACAAAUAGCAGAAAAAAUAAUAGUUGAUCAUGCUAUUAGUUCACCGAAAUCGAUUGAACGUGAAACAAUAUAUGGUGUUGCAUCAACUAUAGAACAACGUAUUAGUGCUAAACGGUCAAAUACUAAUAGUCGUCAUUCACUAGAAUCAAAACGGCUUUCUAUCAUGAAGACACAUGAUAAUUCUGUCAAGAAUAUAUCACAAAUUCCAUGCACUUAUAUAUGUCCUGUUUGUAAAUUAAUAUUUCGUGACCCUUAUCAACUCAAUUGUGGACAUCGUUGUUGUGAAUCAUUUGAUGCAGAAUCCGAGCGGCAGAAGUCGAUUUAUUCACCUCCAUUUUAUUCGUCACCAACAGGUUAUAAAAUGUGCUUAAGAUUGUAUUUAAAUGGUGAUAGCGAUACUCGUAAUACACAUAUGUCUUUAUUUUUGAUCAUAAUGCGAAAUGAUUAUGAUGCUAUAUUGCACUGGCCAUUUUCUUAUGAAGUAUUGUUUCGUUUAAUUGAUCAAUCAACAUUAAAUAAUAAUCAACGUAAUAUAACUGCUUCAUUUCGGCCUGAUAUAAGAUCAAACUGUUUUCAUCGUCCUCUUAGUGCUAUGAAUGAUGGGUAUGGUAUUAAAAAAUUCCUGUCUCUUGUAGAAUUCGAACAAAAUAGAAGCCUUUAUAUAAAAGAUAAUACUAUGUUCAUUGAGACUAAUAUUAACUUUUUAAGCGAAAGACAAGUAAUGUCGUCGAUUUUGCAUGAAUGUGGAUCACCGAACGAUGAAUGGCAUAUCGACACAAUUAGUGAAGAUUUUAUGAAUAUAAGUUAA